AUGUCUCACAAAAUUGGCUUCAUGGCUUGCUCUGUCACGCUGGAGGGCUCAGAGAUGCCCAUUCAGUUUGAGGAGCGAUACAAGUCGAACAACGACCAGAUUGACAAAAACUUCAAGGAGGAUGAACUUCGAAAGAUUGACGAAAUGUCCAACGAUAAGAACCUGAUUGAGAACUUGGGCAAAUCGGUGUUUCCCGCCGUCUUUGGCAACGACAACAUCAAAAAGGGCAUUCUUCUGCAGAUGUUCGGCGGCGUGCCCAAGGUGACCGAAGAGGGCACCAACCUUCGUGGCGACAUCAACAUUUGCAUCGUCGGCGACCCGAGUACGGCCAAGUCGCAGUUCCUCAAGAUUGUCUCAAAGUUUGCCCCCACUAGGGCCAUCUACACUAGUGGCAAAGCUUCGACGGCUGCCGGCUUGACUGCUGCCGUGGUUCGCGCUGAUGACGGCGGCUUCGUCAUCGAAGCUGGUGCGCUGAUGUUGGCUGACCAGGGCGUGUGCUGCAUCGACGAGUUCGACAAGAUGGACAUUCGAGAUCAGGUGGCUAUUCACGAAGCCAUGGAGCAGCAGACCAUCUCCAUUACCAAAGCCGGCGUGAAGGCCACGCUGAACGCCCGAACUUCCAUUCUGGCGGCUGCUAAUCCCAUCAACGGCACCUAUGACCGCUCCAAGUCGCUAAAAAAGAACCUCUCCUUUUCGCUGCCCAUCAUGUCCCGCUUUGAUCUUUUCUUUGUCCUUCUCGACGAGUGCAACGAGACGGUGGAUCUCGCCAUUGCCGAGCGAAUCAUGGAGAUGCAUGACUUUAUGAACGGCACUCGAACCACUCUCAACGAAGAUCGUCCCUACACCCUGGACGAAGUGCGCACCUACAUCAAGUUUGCCCGUCAGUUUAAGCCAAAGUUGACUCUCGAGUCGGAAAAGUAUCUGGUGGACACGUACAAGCAGCUUCGCCUGAACGGCUGCAGUGACGCUGGAAGUGGGCCAUUUCGAAACAAUAAGCAGAGCUGGCGAAUCACCGUCCGUCAGUUGGAGUCACUCAUUCGACUGUCGGAAGCCAUGGCUCGAAUGCACUGCUCCGACCAGGUCGAGAUCCGCCACAUCAAAGAGGCCUCUCGUCUGCUGAAGAACUCGAUUCUCAAAAUUGACCAGCCUGAUGUGAAUCUGAUGGACGAGGAGGGCGAAGAGGAGGACGUGGACAUGAACGGCGGUGAUGACGCCGCCGACGGACAGCCAUCAACUGACAAUGUGCACUCGCUCAAAAUCUCCUACGACAUGUACCAGACCAUCACCAAUAUGCUGGUCAUUCAGCUGCAGCGAGAGGAGACGAAAAUUGAUGCCGGCGAAAGUGAGGGCAUCAAGCGCUCGCAGCUGGUCGACUGGUACCUCGAGCAGGUUCUCGGCGAGAUUGAGAACGAAGCUGAGCUGGUGCAGAAGAAGCUCAUCUGCGAGAAGAUCAUCGAUAAGCUAAUUAACAUUGACCACAUUCUCAUUGAGCUGACCCAGGUGGAACAGGAGGAAACCGAUGAGGAAACACAGGCUCCGGAUCACAUUCUGGUGGUCCAUCCCGACUACCUGGUGGAUGACUAG